AUGUCUCCUGCUUUAAUGCUUAGUUAUACUCCCAAAGGAGUCACUUUUUCUGUGAACGGCAACUCCAUAGCUAUUGAGAUUCUUACUGGUUCUAAUUUUAAGAAGUGGAGAGAGGAUUUUCUGUUUGGUAUGGAAUUAGCGGAUGUUCAUGUCGCUCUUAAUGAGGAUAGACCGAUAGCUCCCACUGAUGCUAGUACGGAUGCCCAGAAAGCACGGUUUGCUGCUUGGGAAAAGAGCAAUAGGAUUUGCUUAUUGUCAAUGAAGCGAUCCAUACAAGAACAUCUUAGAAGUGAUUUUGAUGCUGAUAUCACUGCUAGGCGGAUGAUGGAGGCCUUAGUGGCUAGAAAUCGUGACUCGCCUAAUGCUGAAGUUGGGACACAUAUGUCGGGGUUAUUCGGUUUGAAGUAUGAUGGUUCUGCUGGUGUUAGAGAUUAUGUCCUAAGAAUGGUUGAUCUACAAUCAAAGCUUAAGGCCCUUAAUGUUCCUAUCCCCGAUGCUUGUAUUGUGCAUCUUGCACUUAACUCCCUUCCGUUGACGCCUAAAUUUUGA